UGCAGAAGCCAUGGAGCUGAGCUGCAGCGAAGUACCUCUUUACGGGCAGAUGACGGUGUGUGCGAAGUUCGACAAAAAUGUCUAUCUUCCUAAAGAUGCCGAGUUUUACUUUAUUUAUGACGGAUCUCAUCAGAGACACGUGGUGAUUGCCGAGCGCACGGAGGACAACGUGCUCCAGUCCAGCAUUCCAGGCCAUGGGCUUCAGGAGACGGUGACGGUGUCUGUGUGCCUCUGCUCAGAGGGUUACUCCCCGGUGACCAUGGGCUCUGGAUCUGUGACCUACGUGGACAACAUGGCCUGCAGGCUGGCCCGUCUGCUGGUCACCCAGGCUGAUCGCCUCACUGCCAGUAGCCAUCAGACCUUGCUGACCCCGUUUGCCCUGACGGUGGGAGCGCUGCCUGCUUUGGACGAGGAACUCGUGCAGGCGCUGACCCAUCUGGAGUUGCCUCUUGGGUGGACCGUCUUGGGACAUUCUUCACUUAAAGUUACUCUUCCCAGAGAGUCCCUGCUCCACCUGGCUGUGCGCUGGGGCCUGCCGAAGCUGUCCCAGUUCCUUGUGUGUCUCCCGGGGGGCGUUCAGGCCUUGGCUUUACCCAAUGAAGAGGGUACCACGCCAGUAGACUUAGCUUUAAAUGGCGGGCACUCCACGCUGGCUGACAGCAUCACAAAUUUCCAGGGCAGACGUUCCCCAGGCUUCUCCCGAGUGCAGCUCAGCGAAGAUGCCUUCCUGCAGUAUAUCCACGCCUCAGGAACGCUGACCCUGACACUCCACCACACGGCCGAGCAUUUGUUGGAGGCAGACAUUAAACUCUUCAGGAAAUACUUUUGGGAUAGAGCCUUUCUCGUCAAGACUCUUGAAGAGCAAGAAACCAGGCCAGAGGAAAAAUCAGAUAUGCCUUCUAGUGCUGCAGAAACCGAAGAAGAGGUUAAGAAUUCGGUGUCCAGUAGAUCUUCACCUGAACAGGAGGAUGGAAAGGGCGUGAAAAGCCUGGUGGUUCAACUGAAUGAGCAUGAAGACCAGGACAGUCUAGAUUUGGAUCGCUCCUGUGAUGUCCUCAGAAAAUCCAAGCAGCCCCCAACGUUCCACGCUGCCGGUGGGCUUUCUGACAUGCUGAACGGUGGCGAUGAAGUCUAUGCUAGCUGUAUGGCGAUAGAUCAGGUUGGUGAUUUGGAUAUUAACUAUAUAAACCUAGAGGGAGUCACUACACACACCUGCCCUGAGUCCAUGGAUUCUGCUCUGACACCUCAGAGCGGCAAGCAUAUCCUUUGUACCGAAACCAGCCCUGGCAGGCACCCGCUCCAUGAGAACAAGGAAGUGACGUCAAAUACUGAAGCCCAACAGUCCUUCCCAUCGCCAUCUAGUUCAUGUGCUUCCAACUUAAAUCUUUCUCUUGGUCUCCAUGGAUUUGAAAAGGAACAAAGUCAUCUAAAGAAAAGAAGUUCCAGCCUCGAUGCCCUGGAUGCAGACAGUGAAGGGGAAGGGCCUGCGGAGCAGGCACACCUGUGCUACACGCCCGUGUCGCAGAGUUCCUCCAGAACCGGGAUUCCCAGUGGGGAUGAAUUAGACUCUUUUGAGACCAACGCUGAACCAGAUUUUAACAUCUCCAGGACUGAGUCACUUUCUCUAUCAAGUAACCUUCAGUCAAAGGAAUCACUACUUUCUGGAGUCCGCUCACGUUCUUAUUCUUGCUCAUCACCCAAAAUUUCUUUAGGAAAAUCUCGGUUGGUGCGUGAUUUUACAGUGUGCAAUGCAAGUGAAGAGCAAAGAGCGUACAGUUUACCAGAGCCGCCAGAAGAAAAAAGAAUUCCAGAAGAAGAAUGGGAUAAAUACAUCAUACCUGCCAAAUCGGAUUCUGAAAAGUACAAAGUGAGCCGAACUUUCAGCUUCAUCAUGAAUCGGAUGACUAGCCCUCGGAAUAAAUCUAAGACAAAAAGCAAGGAUGCCAAAGACAGAGAGAAGCUUAGUCGACAUCAAUUUGUCCCUGGAACUUCCUCUGGAGUUCUACAGUGUUUGGUUUGUGAUAAAACGCUACUGGGGAAAGAGCCGUUGCAGUGUUCCAGCUGUGCUGCAAAUGUACAUAAAGGUUGUAAAGAUGCUGCACCUCCAUGUCCCAAGAAAUUCCAAGAGAAAUAUAACAAGAACAAACCACAGACCAUCCUUGGAAAUUCUUCAUUUAGAGACGUCCCCCUGGCUGGUCUCUCCUUGCACCCUUCUUCCUCCAUGCCCAUCGGAUUGCCGGCCGGGAGGAAAGACACCGCGGGGCAGGCCCAUCCGUUGUCCAGAAGUGUUCCCGGCACCACCUUGGACAGGAAGCCAGGCACAUCCUUGGAGUCCGAGAGUGACGGGAACGCCUGGAGAAGCAGGUCUCAUUCCGAUGAGCUCUUACAGUCCAUGGGCUCAUCCCCCUCCACGGAUUCUUUCUUAAUGGAAGAUGUCGUGGAUUCUUCUCUGUGGAGUGACCUCAGCAGUGAUGCCCAGGAGUUUGAAGCCGAGUCGUGGAGUCUUGUGGUGGACCCCUCAUUUUGCAGUAGGCAGGAGAAGGAUGUCAUCAAAAGACAGGAUGUCAUUUUUGAGCUAAUGCAAACGGAAAUGCAUCACAUCCAGACCCUCUUCAUCAUGUCUGAGAUCUUCAGGAAAGGGAUGAAGGAGGAGCUGCAGCUGGACCACAGCACUGUGGAUAAAAUCUUCCCCUGCUUGGAUGAGUUACUUGAAAUUCAUAGGCAUUUCUUCUAUAGCAUGAAGGAGCGGAGGCAGGAAUCCUGUGCUGACAAUGACAGGAAUUUCGUCAUUAACCGAAUUGGAGAUAUUCUAGUCCAACAGUUUUCAGAAGAAAAUGCAAAUACAAUGAAGAAAAUAUAUGGAGAAUUCUGUAGCCAUCACAAAGAAGCUGUCAGCCUAUUUAAAGAACUCCAGCAAAAUAAAAAGUUUCAGAAUUUUAUUAAGCUCCGAAAUAGUAAUCUUUUGGCUCGACGCCGAGGAAUUCCAGAAUGCAUCCUGCUAGUCACUCAGCGCAUCACAAAGUACCCUGUGUUAGUGGAGAGGAUAUUGCAGUACACAAAGGAAAACACGGAAGAACAUAAAGACUUAUGCAAAGCUCUUUGCCUAAUACGAGACAUGAUUGCAGCAGUGGAUUUAAAAGUCAGCGAAUAUGAGAAAAACCAAAAAUGGCUCGAGAUCCUAAGUAAGAUCGAAAACAAAACAUAUAUGAACACUCAUAGUGUGGUUUGCUUCAUUGAUACUAACAAAGCUUUUUUUUUGGAAGAUAUCCUAGCGCUGCUUCUAACUGAUGUGCUGCUCUUUUUACAAGAAAAAGACCAGAAAUACAUCUUUGCAGCUGUUGAUCAGAAGCCAUCCGUUAUUUCCCUUCAGAAGCUUAUCGCCCGAGAAGUUGCUAAUGAGGAGAGAGGAAUGUUUCUGAUCAGCGCUUCUUCUGCUGGCCCUGAGAUGUAUGAGAUUCACACCAACUCCAAGGAGGAGCGAAAUAACUGGAUGAGAAGGAUCCAGCAGGCAGUCGAGAGUUGCCCAGAAGAAGAAGGGGGGAGGACAAGUGAGUCUGAUGAAGAGCGGCGGAAAGCUGAAGCAAGAGUGGCCAAAAUUCAGCAAUGUCAAGAACUACUCUGUAAUCAGGACCAGCAAAUCUGUACGUACCUGGAGGAGAAGCUGCAUAUCUACGCUGAGUUGGGAGAACUGAGUGGAUUUGAGGAUGUCCACCUGGAGCCCCACCUCCUCAUCAAGCCGGACCCCGGCGAGCCUCCCCAGGCGGCCUCCUUGCUGGCAGCGGCACUAAAAGAAGCUGAGAGCCUGCAGGUCGCAGUGAAGGCCUCCCAGACGGGCGAUGCCUCUCAGUCCCCCGAGGAGGGGUGUGCAGAAGCUGCCUUGCCCGAUGUGCCCAGUUGUGACGCGCCAGGACCGCCGACUGCCUCAGUAGUCACAGAAGGGACAGGAGGAAGAGGCUGUUGGGAUGUGGAUCCCGGGACCCAGGGUGUGGGAGCCGACUUGGCGGCCUCUGAUGCAGGGGAGAAGGAGGAAUAUAGAAGUUUUCCAGGUUCCUCUCAGUCAGAGAUUAUACAAGCGAUACAGAAUUUAACCCGUCUCUUAUACAGCCUUCAGGCUGCCUUGACCAUCCAGGACAGCCACAUCGAGAUCCACAGGCUGCUUCUCCAGCCGCAGGACAGCUCGUCCCCCGGCCCCUCCUUCCGAGGCAGCCCCUUCCAGGACCCGGACAAGCACCGCAGCCUGGAGAAGCGGCGAGAGGAGCUGGCCGACAUCCCCAAGCUGCAGCGCCAGUUCCAGCAGGACCAGCGGCGCUGGCAGCGCAGGUGCGACCAGCAGCAGCGGGAGCAGGAGGCCCGGGAGAGCUGGCUGCAGGAGCGCGAGCGGGAGUGCCAGUCGCAGGAGGAGCAGCUGCGCAGGAGCCGCGGGGAGCUGGACCUGCAGCUGCAGGAGUACCUGCAGAACCUGGAGCAGCUGAGGGCAGGCCAGCGCCUGGUGGAGAGGGAGAGGGGCAGGAUGCGCGCCCAGCAGAGCCUGCUAGGCAGCUGGAAGCACAGCCGGCAGAGCAGCCUUCCCGCGGCCUUCUCUCCAGGAAGCCAGGAGGUAAUGGAACUUAAUCGAUCUGAGAGUUUACAUUAUGAAAAUUCGGUCUUCAUCAACGAUGCUUUAGUACAAAUGUCAUGUAACACUUUCGACAAAUCAACUCCACCAGCCAUCCACCAGGACGCCACUUACCCCCCCAGUAUAUCUAACUCUGACUCGGAAAGGACUAGUGAAAAUCAAGUAGACCUCAAGACAGGUGUUUCUCAGCCCACGGGUGAAAACCAUGAACUAUGGACAGCCGCUGAGUCCUGUCAGCAGACAGCCCCCCUCCACCAAAGCAGCGAGGAUUCUUGUCAAAAUGAUUUGGACAUCUCUGAGGCUGAGUUCCCAACGCCCCUUGACUCAAACCCACCCGGCCCUGAGCUGCAGACGUUUAUAGCAGAAGCAAAGCUAAAUCUACAGACACUGACCAGGCAAGAUGGGGAAACUGGAGAUGGAGCUGAAGAAAAUAUUGUUUACCUCUAAUUGUGUUGUCAUUAUUUUUCCCAACAAAACAGAACACUGGCAUUUUGGGGAGAAUUUUUAUUUUCCUUUCCUGAUAUGUGUGUGACUGUGUCCAAAUUGCUUUAAGAGUAAUAGUUAAUAUUUCAUGCAAGUUCCUUUUGGGGGGCAUGAGUCUAAUAAUUAAAUUAUUGAAAGCAGCUCUGUGUGUAUAACGGUUAACUUACCAUACCUAAUUUCAGAUUUCUGGAGGAGAAAUUAACUUGAAUAAGCAGAAAUAUCUUUAAAGUUCUGACUCUGGACUGAAAUUGCACAUUGCAUUUUCUACUGAAUCAUCUGGUUUUUGAAAUGCCUUUUAAGACCCAGAUGAAGCAAUUUGAACGGAAAAAAUGAUAUUCAUGAUGGGCGAACUUUCACAAUCACAGCAGUUGAUUACAGCAAGUGGCCUCCCUGUCCCAGAGACAGAGGAGGCAGUGGGAAAGGCCUUUUCUUAGUUUUUCCAUGCUAACUGCUCUUUGGGACAUCAAAGGGUUGCUCCUGGUGGUGACCUGUCACAGCCCCGGUGCAGCCAACGUGUGCUAUUUGGACACUGUUCUGAGCAGGAGGCCACUCUGCCAUGGACACAAUCUGGACUCUUAUGACCUGGGCCACAUGCUUCGCAGAUGCACUUCCUCAGCCCAGUGCUGGUUGUUUUUCAAGCCACAUCUUUCAAGAGAGCCCAGAGGCAAAGCUCCAGUGUGGUCAAUUUUGCUGUAAAUAGUGAAACUCCAGUAGUGCCCUCACUUCUCUCAUCUAGUCCUGUCCUGCCAGGCCUGGGAGCACCAACUACCACUCGCUAGAAGCAUCUCUCCCUGCAGUUCUUUAAGGACAGGAACUGCUCUCUCGGCAAAGCUUACCGCCUGUUGGUGAUUUUCCACAAAGGAAAGCUGUUACGUUCUGUCCUCAGAGUAAUAUGGAUCUCUGUGUGAGAAAAUAAACCAGAAAAUGUUUUCAGCUUGUUCUUCAGAAAUACUUGUACAUGUUUUGGUCAGUGUCAAUAAAUGUCCUUUACCUGUC